CAAAGGAGAGAAAAUGGGAGGGGGGUGCUGAGGGGCAAGAUCAAGAGGAAGAGAGAAGGGCAAGACCAGGAAGGAGCCAGCCAUGCCUAUCCCAAUGAUGGCCAGUAAGUGGUGGCCAAGCCAGCUGAGAGCUAGACAACCAAGAGAAUGAGGAAGGUCGACCAGCUGGCCAAAGCUCCCGUGAACGGGGCCUCCCAUGUGAAGUUAAAGGAAGAUGAAUGGGGUCCUGCCAAUAUGCCCUCCAAAUGGGGGAGACUAGGCUUUCCUCUAGCAGCUAAGGGAAUUCUCCAAGUUGGUGCCUAAUCGGAACCUCCAGAGUCUGAUUCCCAUUAGAAGGACAAGAGGCAGUAGGGACAGGAAUUUCCAUUCCCAGACCGGGAUCCAAGGAGCCCACAGCACCCUUGUGAAACUCAAACCAUGAAUUACGUGGGGCAGUUGGCGGGCCAGGUGUUUGUCACCGUGAAGGAACUCUACAAGGGGCUGAACCCUGCCACCCUGUCCGGAUGUAUUGAUAUCAUCGUUGUCCGCCAGCCCAACGGGAGCCUGCAGUGCUCCCCUUUCCACGUGCGCUUUGGGAAGAUGGGGGUCCUGCGUUCCCGAGAGAAAGUGGUUGACAUAGAAAUCAACGGGGAAUCUGUGGAUUUGCACAUGAAAUUGGGAGAUAAUGGAGAAGCAUUUUUUGUUCAAGAGACGGAUAAUGAUCAGGAAGUGAUCCCCAUGUACCUGGCCACCUCCCCUAUCCUGUCGGAGGGAGCCUUGCGCAUGGAGUGUCAGAUGAAAAGGAGCUCUGCAGACAGGAUCAGAAACCUGGACCCCAGCACAUCGGGCCAGGCCGUACCCCCCAGUGAGGCCCCUUCGAGCGGCUCUUUAGUGAAGAAGAGGAGGAAGAGGAGGAGAAAGUCCCAGCUGGACACCCUGAAAAGAGACGACAGCGUGAACACGUCCGAAGAUGAGGACAUGUUUCCCAUAGAGAUGAGCUCGGACGACCAGGCCGACCCGCUGGACGACAGUAGAACUCUUCCUAAUGAUAUACCUGCAUUCCAAGAAGAUGUUUCUAAAGAAAGCCCUUCCCCCAUCAUGACUUACCCUCAGUCAGCUUCGUACCCUAAUUCUGAUAGAGAGUGGUCACCCAGCGCCAGAUGUACUUGUGGUUUGCAGUGGAAGUGUAGGAACCCUGCUGCAAAGGCUCCCUGCCUAAAGCCAGGGUCCUCCCAACACCACUCCUCGUUCCAGUUUCACCAGAGUGAUCUCGCCAGUGGGACAGCACAUAGCCCGAUAGAUUGCCAAGGGGCUGCCCCCCGCUUGGCGGUCGCGGCCGAGGGAGGCCUUUCUAGCUCUUGCCCUCCACGGUCUUCCCACCUCCAUGCUUCGGAAAGUCCUUCAGGUUCUCGACCUUCAACACCUAAAAGCGAUUCAGAAUUGGUCAGUAAGGCCACCGAUAGGACGAUGCAGAAGAAUAACCUAGAAAUGCUUUGGCUUUGGGGAGAAUUGCCACAAGCAGCAAAGUCCUCUCCACACAAGAUGAAAGACUGCAGCCCAUUAAACAGUAGAAAAAUCUGUGAUAAGAUGCACUUUCAGACCAUCCAGAGUGAGUCUUCCGAUGCGUUUAGUGACCAGUCGCCAACCCUGGCCAGGCCUCCCGUGCUGCCCGUUCCAGAGUCGGGCAAGCCUCCCAUGGAGAUGCAGUUUGUGAACGAAGAAGAUGUCGAGGCCUUGGGGGCGGCAGCCCCGCCUUUAUCUACGAUCGAAGAACCCAAACCCCUCUCUGCCAGCGUAGCCCCGACGGCAAGCAAGACAGAUUCUCCUUCCAGGAAAAAAGACAAACGAAGCAGGCAUCUUGGUGCUGACGGCGUCUACUUGGAUGACCUCACAGAUAUGGAUCCUGAAGUGGCUGCCCUGUAUUUUCCCAAAAACGGAGAUCCUUCCGGACUCUCCAAACCCGCCAGUGACAACGGGGCCCGGUCUGCCAACCAGUCCCCGCAGUCCGUGGGCAGCUCUGGCAUCGACAGCGGCGUGGAGAGCACGUCGGACAGCCUGAGGGACCUGCCAUCCAUCGCCAUCUCCCUGUGCGGGGGCCUCAGCGACAAUCGGGAGAUAACCAAAGAUGCGUUUCUGGAGCAAGCCGUGUCGUAUCAACAGUUUGUGGACAACCCGGCUCUCAUUGAUGACCCCAAUCUUGUGGUGAAGAUCGGGAAUAAAUACUAUAACUGGACGACAGCAGCACCUCUGCUCCUGGCAAUGCAGGCCUUCCAGAAACCUUUGCCAAAGGCCACUGUGGAAUCUAUCAUGAGGGAUAAGAUGCCCAGAAAGGGAGGAAGAUGGUGGUUUUCAUGGAGGGGAAGAAAUACCACAAUCAAAGAGGAAAGUAAGCCGGAGCAGUGCUUGGCUGGAAAGAGCCACAGCACCGGGGAGCAGCCGUCGGCGCUCAGCACGCCCACCAGAAUAAAGCAUGAAUCAUCCUCCAGUGAUGAAGAGCACACAGCUGCCAAACCAUCAAGUGCAAGCCACCUCCCUCUGUUGUCCAGUGUCAGCUACAGGAAGACCCUUCGGCUCACUUCAGAGCAACUGAAAAGCUUGAAGUUGAAGAACGGCCCCAACGACGUGGUGUUCAGCGUGACCACACAGUACCAAGGCACGUGUCGCUGCGAAGGCACCAUCUAUCUGUGGAACUGGGACGACAAAGUCAUCAUCUCAGACAUCGAUGGGACCAUCACCAGAUCAGAUACUCUUGGCCACAUUCUGCCCACCCUGGGCAAGGAUUGGACCCACCAGGGCAUCGCUAAGCUGUACCAUAAAGUGAGCCAAAAUGGCUAUAAGUUUCUCUACUGUUCUGCACGGGCCAUCGGGAUGGCAGACAUGACGAGGGGCUACCUGCACUGGGUCAAUGAGAGGGGCACGGUGCUGCCUCAGGGGCCCCUGCUGCUGAGCCCAAGCAGUCUCUUUUCGGCCUUGCACAGAGAAGUGAUUGAGAAGAAGCCAGAGAAGUUUAAAGUCCAGUGUUUGACAGACAUCAAAAACCUGUUUUUUCCAAACACAGAACCCUUUUAUGCUGCUUUUGGAAACCGACCGGCUGAUGUGUAUUCGUAUAAGCAAGUAGGAGUGUCUUUGAACAGAAUAUUUACUGUCAAUCCCAAAGGAGAACUUGUACAGGAACAUGCAAAGACAAACAUCUCCUCGUACGUGAGACUCUGUGAAGUGGUUGACCACGUUUUCCCAUUGCUGAAAAGAAGCCAUUCUUCAGACUUCCCCUGCUCAGAUACCUUCAGUAAUUUCACCUUUUGGAGAGAGCCAUUGCCACCUUUUGAAAACCAGGAUGUUCAUUCUUCCUCAGCAUAAAAUGUCGCAAGCCACCUCCUGACAUCAUGUGAAGACCAGCACCCUUGAUUAAAGGACAGGUUUUGGUAGCCACGGAGCAGGGGCUCGGGAGCCUGAUGUGCGGUCAUUUGCUUAAGAGCAGAGAAAUCUGAGGGGCCUUUCUCUCCCUUUCCCGUGGCCCCCAGGGGUGGACUUUUCUAAGUGAAAUACAAAGGGUGUACUUUAUAGGCGAGGCGUCGGGUGCACUCAGAGCGGGAAGGCAUCCCUCGGUGGUGGCUUCAAGCCAGUUGCCGCGCUGCCCCGCCCCGUCCACUCUCGCGGUCCCUUACUGGUUCCCGGGGAGAGGUGGCUGCCAGGGGGUCCCCACCGAUGACUGUUCGGUCGAGGCACGCCAGACGCGCGAGACUUUGGUAGAGGAGGGGCCCAUUUCCAUCCGUGGCAGUGUGUGCUGAGGGGCCCGAGACCUGCCUCUGUGGCUUGGCCUGGGGGUGUCUCCCCGCAGUAUUUGCCGACGGGGCUGAUGGUGAGGCCAUAAAUUCUUUAAUUCCUUUGAUUAAAGAUAACCUAGUUGGUAUAUUUCCCCCCAUUUUUGUGGCCCAAGGCUGGAAUAUCUAUGCCUUAAUGCAUCUGUGGCAGGCGUUUUAUUUAGAAUGUGCUUUGUCUGCCUCUCUGUAACUUUGCAAUGCCUUAAAUUCAGAUUAUAGUAAGCAUUCCUAGGGCAGUGCUUGGAAUGAGCUCCACACUCUGCCAGCCCCGCUUCUCCAGCCACGUGGUGCUGUCAAUGUGGGUUCGAACAGAACUCAUGCCAUGUGGUGGUGAUGUCGAUUUUUGUUGGGAGCUCUUGAAAGAAACUAGGUGGUUUUACGAAAAUCGCUUCAAGACGUUAUGUUCUUUGUAGAUACUCUUAUUUAUUACUUUACUCUGAUUGGGUUUAUUGUUAUGAGCAUUUUAGCCGUAGUCUUUCUAUUAUAACUGUCAUGAAUACAUUAAAACAAUAGAGAUGUUAGACUAUCCGAAGAGCCUUAUUCUGUAUAUCUCAUAACACUGACCUUCUUUUGGAGCUUAUGGGUAAUGCUUUUUAUUUUCCUUCGCUUUGCCUGCUCGAGUUAAGGGCAAGUGGAUAAGUAAUAAUUCGAGUGACGUUCUUUACGUUGGCAGAAGAUGAUUCCUUUACUUGUUUAUAAAAUUGGCUUCUGGAGAGAACAAUUUGAAAAGUGAAAGAACUAUUUUGGUAAAAGAUUUUGCUUUACUUUUUGAAGUAUUAUUUUUUUAAAGAGUGUUUUAUUCCAAUGAUUGCAAAUACUUUCCUAUUUAAAUCGCAUUGUUAGAGAGUCAGAACCUGCAACAGUUGAAUGAAAUUUUACUCUUUCUGUGAAAGAAAAUCCAGAGGUGUUGCCUUCAUUCUAGCUGCUGGCCUCUGAUAGCAAGGGGUGCCUUCAUGGAACUGUCCGCCAGGCCCGACAGAGAACGGCAAACAUGUGUGUGUCGCUGGUCACAGACUUGCCUAGAAUCGAAACGCGCAUGCACAGAUUCCCUUUUGGAGGCAUUAAAAAUAAUUAAAAAUAGUUCUGCCUUAACUACUCUGGGCUUGUUCAUUAGUGACCUUUAGAGGCUACGUUAAAUUCCGUCAUGAGGGUACUUCGGGGUGAACUUGAAGUGUUGUGAACUAAGCAUAAGGUCACAUGCCUGCAGAGGCUGACAUAGUUUGUCCCCUGCACUGGGGAGGAUCCGGCUUUGAGGAGGGGUGGUGUGUCCUACGUUGUGCCAUCCUGCGGUACCCUUCAUCAGGACGACCAGCGGCAGUCACUCUCCACGUGGACGUCGGAGAGCUUGCAACCCUGCAUUCCUAGUUUUGACGUACCUUACACCUCCGCACCGCUGCACUGCGAAACAGAGCAUGCCUUCCAGGAGGUGACACGCUCGGUUGUGUGUCCCCUCUGGCGUGUGACCCCUGGAGGGGCUGUAACAUUCACACCUUCCUUGUGGCUUCCGAAAAUGAGAUUUGUAUGUGGCUGCACUCAUGCAUCUAUCAGCUGGUUUUUCUGUAUUUACACACUUAUUACCCAGUAACCCUGUGGUCAUGCUGCGUCUGGACCACACAUUUCACAGUUGCCCUGUGGAGAUGAGUCCCUCCACGUGGCGUCAUCAGAUGAUCAUCCCGUGUGAUGAGGGGAAAUACACAUACCUGGUACAUGGACAAAUGAUUACACCUUCAAAGGGAAACUCCCUCUUCACUUCUAGGUUGAGAUCACCACUUUAAAUAUAUUUAAUUUACAACACUUGAUCUGUAUUUGUGUAUGCUGGCGCGAUGAUCCCAAUCACUGUAAGCCCCACGGUGUCGUGCUGGCUGCAAAGCUAGAAAACAUUGUAAUAAAGGAGAUGGAUGAGCGAUUUCUCUGGAAACCAGGCGUGUGAAUUUUAAAGUUUUUUGGUAAGUUAUUAAGUUGCUUUCUAGUGUGUGAUAUCAAACAUUUUUAUUCUCUACUCAAAAAAUCCUUAAGGCUAUGAACUGCUCAAUAUUUGGAAUAAAAAAGCCAGUCUUCUC